UCCGACUUGACUUAAUUCGACUCCCUCUUUCCUCAACCAUUGUUGAACACAUUUACAUGACUCUGCUUCAUCUUUGCACCCAAAAGCAUUCGCAGCUCAGCUCCAACAAGACUUCUCAACCUCACCAAGCACUUCUCCACAACCACCCCAAUGCCAAACAAAUAUUCAGAAGCCCACAGAGUCUCCAACCUCCGCGGUCCCGGCGACGCCCGCCCCACUGCUCUCCAAAUAAUCAAAGAUGAAAACUUGGUUGGAAAAUUGCCCGACAAAGUCUUCAUCGUAACCGGGGCCUCCGCAGGCAUCGGCCCAGAAACCGGUCGGGCUCUCGCAGCAACAGGAGGAAAAAUAUUUCUCACAGUCCGGGACCUCAAAAAGGGAGAAGAAGCAUGUAAAUCCUUCCUCGAACCAGGACGCGUUGAGCUGCUUGAGAUGGACAACAAUUCUCUCGAGAGUGUCCUGGCCGCUGCGAAAAUGUUUCUGAGUAAGAGCAAGACGCUCAAUGUGCUUGUUAAUAAUGCGGGGAUUAUGGCUGCCCCCGAGGGAAAGACGAAAGAUGGGUUCGAGAUCCAGUUCGGGGUGAACCAUCUCGCUCAUUUUCUGUUCUUUAAUUUGUUAAAGGAUACCAUGAUCGUAUCAUCAACCCCGGAGUUCCACUCGAGGGUUGUGAAUGUGAGCUCCACUGGGCACAUGGUUGCCGAAGUGCAGUUUGGAAAUUAUGGGUUUGAGGAUGGGAGUUAUACGCCUUGGAGAGGGUACGGACAGAGCAAGACGUCAAAUAUCUAUAUGGCGAAUGAGGUUGAGAAUCGUUUUGGGGGGAAAGGAUUGCAUGGGUACUCGCUUCAUCCGGGUGGGAUAUGGACGGGGUUGCAGAAGUUCAUUCCAGCGGAGAUGAUGGCGCAGUGGAGGGCGAGACCAAAUGUUGAGAAUAUUUUGAAGAGCACGGAACAGGGCGCUGCGACUUCGGUGCUUGCUGCUGUGGGGAAGGAUUAUGAGGGGAAGGGACGACUGUAUUUUGAGGAUUGUGAUUUGGCUCCUCCAACAGAGAAUCACGAGAGUGGGUAUGCGGAAUAUGCCUUUGAUAAGGAGAAGGAAGCGAGGUUGUGGGAGGAUUCUCUGAAGAUGGUGGGGUUGAGUGAGGCUUGAUUCACGGCUCUGGACUAGCUGGCAUUUUCACCUUCUCUAGUUGUGUCCACUGAAAUCCAUUGUACACUUUGGAGCCUCUGUCACGUCAACCAAA